UUCUGUAGAAGUCCUUUUUCUCCUUGAAUUUGCAGACUAUGGCUAUGUAAACCGACUGCCUGGCAAAAGUAAAAUUAAGCAAGUUUGGUUGUUCCAGAGAAGAAACUCCAGUCCAGGAAAAAUAUUAAAAAAUGAAAGAAUUAACUUUCAUCUUCAGCCUGUUGGCUCUUACUGCAUGUUUCACGCCCAGUGACAGCCAGAGAGCUCCCAGGGGACCCUAUGGACCUGUCCUGCGGCCACCACCCCGUCUGCCCCCGCCAAGAUGGUUUCCACCAGGCCUUAAUCCUCCCUAUGGCCCAGGAUUUAUUCCACCACCCCAUCCUCCUCCUUUUUUUCAGCCAUCAUGGAACAUUCCUCCUCCUCCCUUUGGACCCCUUCCAUCAAACCCUAUUAGACAACCUCGACCUUUUCCAGUUUAUCCAAAUUCACCUUUUCAACCAAGGCCUUACCCUCCAGUACCUAUUAGGAAGCCAAAACCCUUAUAUCCCGUUUUUCCAUAUCCUGAUAAACCUCAACCUGCAAUUAAAACAACUCCCAAAUCUACAACCACAACCCCUACCACUACAGAACCUACCACCACUACAAUUAUCACCACUUCCACAGAACCCACCACAACAGCAACCAUCACCACUUCUACAGAGCCCACCACUGCUCCCACGGUACCCACUACAUUAGCAAUAACCACCACUUCCAUGGAACCCACUACAAUAGAAACUACCACCACUUCCACAGAACCCACCACCCCAAUAUCAGAUAACACUUCCACAGAACCCACCACAACAGCCUCCAUCACUUCCACAGAACCUCCCACAACAGCAACCACCAUCACUUCCACAGAACCCACAACCACACCAGACACCAGUUCCACAGAACCCACCACCCCAACAUCAGAUAACACUUCCACAGAACCCACCACAACAGCCUCCACCACUUCUACAGAACCCACAACCACACCAGAUACCACUUCCACAGAGCCCACCACCACUACUUACACAGAAACCACUACAAUAGCAACCAAAAUUGCUCUCAGAGAAGCCAUUUACACAACCACCACCACUUCCACAGAACCUCCCACAACAGCAACCACCGCCACUUCCACAGAACCUCCCACAACAGCAACCACCAUCACUUCCACAGAAUCUCCCACAACAGCAACCACCCUCACUUCCACAGAACCUCCCACAACAGCAACCACCCUCACUUCCACAGAACCCACAACCAUCACAACCACCACCAUUUCGACAGAAUCUCCCACAACAAUAGCCACCACCACUUCCACAGAACCAACUACUACAACCAUCACCAGCAGCAUUUCCACAGAACCAACCAUCACCACAACUGAAGCCACCACCUCCUUAACACUACCUACCACUUCAACAGACCUCACUACCACAACAUCAGCAGCAACCCCCUCAGCAUCUACCACAACUGCUAUUCCAAUUACCACUAACUCUCCCUCUACCCCAUUGCCCAGUACCACUAUCCAAGUGACAACUCCCAAUCACACUACAUUAAGCACUAAAGCAGCUAUCAAAGCAGCUAUAAAGCGUUUUUUUGAUAAUUUUGCUUCCUAUUUUGGUUGAAGAUAUGAGAAAUGCUCUGAGCUGUUAGGAAAAAUAAACUGCAGCUACUUCAUUGGAAUCAACCCUGAUCUAACCAGCACACCAAAAUAAUAAAGUACUAUUUGAGCAACAAUAA